AUGGGGUCAACUGCUACAUUCGUGGCAUCUGAGACCCCAAAGCAUGUAGAUGAGACCAAUCGGCUGGAUGUCGCAUUCAACCUCGUCGAGAAUCCGGAGGAGACUGUGUCCAAGGAAAAACCUGCUGAUGGGCAGCUGGUGUCGAUGGGCGAGCUCUUCUCCUACGCGGACGGCAUCGACAAGCUCCUCAUGUUUCUCGGCACCGUUGGUGCUUUGACUGCCGGAGUUUCGCAGCCUAUACAGAUCGUGCUGUUCGGGGACGUACUGAACACGUUCAACCCGGCGGAUCCAGGGGCGAACAUUGAAAGUGGCGUCGAAAGUGUCGCUCUCAACUUUGUAUACGUCGGCAUCGCUGUCUUCAUUGCCGGCAGUUUCCAAGUGGCGUGCUGGACUAUUACAGCUUCGCGUCAAGCCAAACGCAUUCGAAGCGAGUAUGUGAGUGCUAUUAUGACCAAGGAGAUCGGCUGGUUUGAUGUCAAUGAGCCCAUGCAGUUGGGCUCACGUGUUGCCGAAGCCACCGUGACUAUACAGGAAGGAAUGGGGCGCAAGGUCGGCGACGGACUCAAUUUCUUCUCGAUGGCUGUGUCGGGAAUAGUGAUCGGACUUGUCAAAGGUUGGCAACUAGCUCUGAUCUUGCUGGCUUUCACGCCGUUCAUUGCCUUCACGGCCUUCUUGGCCAUGAAGGUGUUGUCUACGGCCACGCAGGCAGGUCUCGAGUCGUAUGGCAAGGCUGGUGCAGUGGCACAAGAAGCUCUGAGUAAUGUACGCACGGUGCACAUGUUCAACUCGAUCAACCACUUUAUCGCCAAGUAUGACAACGCUCUGGGUCUAUCGACUAAAGCGGGUAUCAAGAAAGGCUUUGCGGUUGGAUGGGGGACGGGACUGAUGUUCGGCACUGUGUUCUUCACUUACGCUGGGGGCAUGUACUUCGGGGCACUUAUGGUGGCUAAUGACAAUCUGGAUGGCAACCAGUGCACUGGCUACGGUUGUUACGAUGGCGGCCGAGUGCUUACGGUCUUCUUCUCUGUUAUCAUGGGCGCUAUGGCGCUGGGUCAGGCUGCUCCAAGCGCCGAGGCCAUCACUUCAGCGCGUGCUGCAGCGUUUCCUGUCUUCCAAACCAUCAAGCGUCCGUCCCUGAUCGAUCCGUUGAGUGACGAGGGCAAGACCCUGGAUAAAGUCAUGGGUCGAAUUCAGAUCGAGAACGUGUCGUUCGCCUACCCUUCGCGUCCAGAAGUGCAAGUGUGCAGCAACUAUUCGCUGACGAUUGAGCCUGGUGAGACGGUGGCACUAGUUGGUCCCAGCGGCAGUGGCAAGAGUACAAUGGUGUCGCUUCUAGAACGCUUCUACGACCCGCUUAGUGGAUCUGUCAGCAUCGACGGUGUGGACGUUCGUACGUUGAACGUGAAGUGGCUACGCUCGCAGGUCGGACUGGUGGGUCAAGAACCUUCGCUCUUUGCCACGUCGAUCAUGGAGAACAUCCGCUACGGCUGUCCCUCUGCAUCGGAUGAACAGGUCAUUGAAGCUGCCAAGAUGGCCAACGCCUACAGCUUUAUCAAGGAGUUCCCUCAGCGUUUCCAGACUGAAGUAGGUGAGCGUGGCGCUCAGCUUUCCGGUGGACAAAAGCAGCGAAUUGCCAUCGCUCGAGCUAUUAUCAAGAACCCUCCUAUUCUACUACUGGAUGAAGCUACCAGCGCUUUGGACACGGAGAGCGAGCGAGUUGUGCAGGCCUCUCUGGAUCAGCUGCUAGCCAACUCUCACCGCACGACGAUCAUUGUUGCCCAUCGACUGUCCACUAUUCGCAAUGCCAGUCGUAUUGCAGUGCACAGCGGAGGUGCGAUCGUGGAGAUCGGCUCGCAUGACGAGUUGAUGAAGCUUGAGAAUGGUCACUACCGUCUCCUUGUUGAGGCUCAGAACCGCGUGGCGUCGGAGGAGAAAGAAGAAGCCGCAACUGACGUGAUGACUGUGGAGGAAAUCGAGUCUCCCGACGACCCCACUGUACGCUCUGGUCGAUCUUCGCGGCGAUCGAUUAGUCGACACAGUGCGCAUGAGAAGGAAGCUGCUCUUGUGAAGAUGGACAACGAGCUGGGCGAUGUCGAUCUUCCUUCGAUCUCAAUGGCCCGAGUCUGGAAGAUGUCUCUACCGGAGUGGAAGUACAUGUUUGUAGGCUCUCUUGGCGCCAUUGUGAAUGCCGCAGUGUUUCCAGUGUGGGGUGUGUUACUGGUGAAGGUUACAGUGUUGUUCUUCCACCUCGACUACACUAAGAGCGAGAUGAUGGAUAACGCUCGCUGGUGGGCUAUAGGCUUCAUCGGUCUUGGGAUUCUGUUCGCUGUAUCCAUCACACUGCAGCACUACGGCUUCGCUGUGGUCUCUCAGAACCUCGUCACUCGUGUGCGGUUGGCCACGUUCAGUGCGAUGUUGCACCAGGAAAUUGGGUGGUUUGACUUGGAUGAGAACUCGUCGGGAGCUUUGGUAUCUCGGUUGGCUACAGACUCGGCCGUGCUACAGGCGAUGACGUCGGAAACACUCAACAGAGGACUGGUAAAUCUCACGACACUCACGAUCGCUUUCGCUAUUGCCUUCUUCUACAGCUGGCAGAUGACUCUCGUCCUACUCGCGGCCUUCCCAGUGCUAGCUGCGUCCUCGUACAUCCAGGCUCAGCAAAUGGCCGGCACGUCUGGUAACAAGCAGAACAACGACGCUGAUACUGCCGCUGGGUCUCUGCUGUCUGAGGCCAUUGGCUCGAUUCGCACAGUCGCUUCGUUUAGUAUGGAAGUGGCUCUGAACACUCUGUAUGUGGGCUACCUGAACGUCUCGAAGCAAGCGGACGUCAAGAUCGGCAUCGUUGGGGGGUUGGCAUUUGGUGUAUCACAAGGCGCGAUGUUCUUGGUCCUCGCAGUACUCUUCUACGUCAGUGGACGCUGGAUCUCGCGUGGUAUCAUCACCUUUGAGGAGUUUUUCAUGGUGCUGAUGGUCAUCAUGCUCAGUACGUUCGCGAUAGGAAUGGCUGCACAGGGAGCUACAGAUGGAGCCAAGGCUAAACUCUCAGCUCAGCGUGUGUUCAAGGUUAUCGACCGCAAGCCUUUGAUUGACGCCACGUCGGGCACGGGUCGCACGUUGGACCACGUGGACGGCGACAUUGAGUUCCGCCAUUUGGUGUUCACGUACCCUGCUCGUCCUGACGCCAAGAUCUACAAGAAUUACAACUUGAAGAUUGCGCGUGGCCAGACUGUGGCGCUUGUUGGUGCUAGUGGAAGUGGUAAGAGUACGGCGAUCUCAUUGAUGGAACGAUUCUACGACCCUGCAGCCGGUAUGGUGACGCUAGACGGGAACAACUUGAAGGAACUGAAUCUACAGUGGCUGCGCGAGAACGUUUCUCUCGUGAGUCAGGAGCCGGUGCUGUUUGCGGGCACGAUAGCCGAGAACAUCGAGCUUGGCAAGCCCGGCUCGACUCGCGAGGAGAUUAUUGAGGCAGCGAAGAAGGCGAAUGCGUUUGACUUUAUUAGCAACUUCCCGAACGGCUUCGACACGGAUGUCGGCGACCGUGGCGCUCAAGUUUCUGGCGGUCAGAAGCAGCGUAUUGCCAUCGCCAGAGCUAUUCUGCGUGACCCAGCGGUGCUGCUACUGGACGAGGCGACGAGCGCUUUGGACAACGAGAGCGAGCGGGUGGUGCAGGCAUCGCUGGAUCGGCUACUCACACUCAAGCAACGUACCACGAUUAUCGUGGCCCACCGUCUUUCAACUAUUCGCAACGCGAGCCUCAUCGCCGUGACGCAUGGCGGCGCCAUUGUGGAGCAGGGCACACACGACCAACUAAUGCAGCUGCCUAAUGGCAUCUACAAGGGACUUGUAGCGCGCCAGAUGAACGCGCACUAG